AUGUAUAAAUUCAACAAACCUUUAAGUGCAAAAUUCGUACCUGGCCCGUUUACUUUGGCCCUUGUGGCAACAGGCUUCGCUGAUGAUACCGCCGGCGGAUCCGGCCUUGGAGGUGCGGUAACCGGAGUAACCACUGGCUUAUGGAAUACCUUGACCAAUCUUGGUAACUCCCUCUGGGCAGUUCCAGCAGUAGUCUACGGGUUACUCUUAGGCCCAUAUGGUAUAUUGACCUUAAUUGUCCUAGGACUAAACUCUGUUGUUAUUUUCCUGUUUGGCCCCAACGGAAUUUUCAACAUCUUCCUCACUGGUGUCGGCAAUGCGCUCGGCCUUCUUCUCGGUAAUACUUUGACUGGCGUGGGCACUUUACUUUACCAAAUCAUUGGGCAAAGAAAACUAAGCGUAAGCGGACGACGAGCCUUCACGCCUGAGGAGCUUGAAGCCUAUCGCCGGGAGCACGCGCAGCAGCAGCACGUUGAGGCGGACGAACCACCCGCGGCGCCGAACGUCGCCGUCGACAAACCAUCCGGCAGCGGAGAGAACGAAGAGUGGCGCAAAUUCCUCUCGCUCACCUCGGACGUCGACGUCGUCCUUAAAAGACCUGCGACGACCGUGACCGAACUGAAGAGUUCCUCUUUCUAUCAACGCGUUCCGCCACCUAGUGAGGUUCGCAAGCAGGAGGAGGAAAAAGAGGCAGAGGUACGUGCUGAGGAGGAAGCCAGAGAGAGGGAGAAACGGCUGUGCGGGAUUACUGUUGAGGCUGCAAUCGUACAGGUAUCCGAAUCUGAGAGCGAGGAAGAUGAUGAAGAUGAUAUCUUUGAUACUGCGUACAUCGAUGCGGUAGCUGCAGGAGAAGUUAAACUUGCUUACAUUCCAGAAUCACCAACUAACGAACCAGACGACGAUAUCUUCGACACCACAUACGCUGAAAAGGCUAUACUUGGUCCCAAUACCGAAAGGAAAGGUAAAAAACUAGUCCCACUUGGAUCUGCAGUUGAGAUCCUCACUGGGCGCGUCCAGGCACCCAGUUGUGUAUCCGUCAAGCGACCUACUGCUAGACGCCAGGUUUUCAAAGAACAGAAUCUUCUAUUAGGGAGUUUUGAUGCGGAUCAACCUCCUCCAGAAAGUACUCAAGCUGAUACUCCACCGAAAGCCGCAAAACCAAGUUUACUUGACGACGACGCACCGGAAGAUUUAGCGGCUGAGCCCAUCGAUCUUUCCAAGGUCAUCGUAGCACCUGUUUGCGUUCCAGUUGAACAAGUUACCCAGAAAUCUUCACCUGAAAAAGACCCUGGACAAGAUAUAUUAGAAGAAUUCGGUGUAUUACAAAAAGUUGCCACACCCGAAGAUGAAGAUGAUCAAGAAUUUGCCCUUCUAGCGGCGGAAAGUCUAUCAAAACCGAAACAAGUUGUUGUUUUGGAAACCCAGACAGCCCAGGUUCCAGCAGAUAACUGGAACGCUUUUGGUCAAGAACAAGUGAAAGCAACUAGUGACGAAGAACCGUUGGACGACGAUCCAUUUGAUACAACUUUCGAUGAAAAUAUACUCCCGGGACAAGCGGAACUCAAACAGAUUGAAAGGGAAAUUCUUGAAAGUGGAGACGACUUGGACUUUAAUCCACGUGCCGACGAAGUUUACUCUGAAAUUAUCAGACGGUCAAGUGUCAGUAUCCAACUUACUAACCCAAGCGGAGAUCGAGAAUCACUGUCUUCAUUGGACAGAGUCAACGAAAGUGAAUUAAAUUCAUUGAAGACAUCACAUCGUGAUCUCCUAGGUGGGUCCAAUACUGAUUUAUCUCAAUUGGGAGAAGCUAUUCAACCGAAAGAAAACGCUGACGAAGACGACGACAAUUUCGACUUUUCUGAUCCAUUUGAUACUUCAGCCGUUGACGCAGUUGCUGCGCCUGGGUGCACAGAACUAAAAUUCUUAGAAAGAGAACUCCUAGGUGAACAAGUUGUUCAACAAGUUGUAAAACCACCUGCACGGCCCGCACCGCCGGUUUUAGCAGCGACACUACCUAUCGAAGACGACGACGACUUUGAUCCAAGAGCAUUCGAUAACCCACAACCUUCCUUCAAUCGGAAAGUCUCCUUUGACUUACCCUUGACGAAAACAGAUUUAUUAAGCGCCAACGAAGACGAUUCGAAAGUUUCUAAACCACUAACACCUUAUUACGUAAGAGAGAAUUCAAUACCAGAACAGGAUCUAGAUCCGUUUGAUACUACUUUUGCUGAGAGUAUUGCUCCUGGUCAAGCGGAAUUGAAACAAAUCGAAAGUGCACUACUAAAUUCAGAAGUUUCUGUUUGUGACUUCAACCCAAGAGACGAGAAACAAAUUGCAGUCGCUAAGGUUAAAGAAGAAAUCGAACAGAUUAUACGGGCACCAAGAAAACCUUCGUUGCCGUUACAACCGGCAGCACAGAUCGUAAACCACCCAGUCCGGAACCACUUGUUAUUAGGUCUUGACAACGACAUAGGAGCAAAGGUUUUAACCCCUGCCGCACAAAACACAAGUUUUGAAGAGGAUAUCGAUCCGUUCGAUACCUCGAUUGCCUGUAAUAUACUUCCGGGUCAAACGGAACUGCGUUUGUUAGAAUCCGAACUGAUAACAAACGCGCCUCCUGUGAUUGUUCAAGCACCUAUUAAGAGAAAUUUAACCGAUCCGGAUUUUGAUCCUUAGAGACGAACCUACCCAGCGGUGGAGUCAACCAAGUCAGCAAAAUAUUCUAGAAGCCGAGACUGGUCAAUCAGACGUAAAAUUAUUGACUCCGCUUACUGGUAAAGUUAGCUUCGACGUUGGUUUUGAGGAAGAC